AUGACAUCAAAUUCACAGGAAUCAUUGGAGAUUGUUAAACCCUCUUAUAAUGCUGCGGCUGGGCCGACUUACUCGAAGAAGAUCUCUACGAAAGAGGAUAUGCAGAGAUCCUUUGCUUUCGAGUGGGAUCACCCUGAGUCUGGUGCUUACGGUUCACUCGUGGACAAUCUGGGCCAGUUUUUUGGGGUACUGGGGCUGGUUCCCUGCUGUUGUUGCUCUAACCCCUACAAAUCUGUUCAGCAAGGUACUGUUGGUUUAGUCACGAAGUUUGGAGAGCUGUAUAAGGCUGUGGACCCUGGUCUCGUUAAGAUCAACAUUCUAAGUGAAAAGCUACACAUUGUGAGUGUCAAAAUUAGAAUGAUUGAGAUACCUAAGCAAACCUGCAUCACAAAGGAUAAUGUGAACGUAGACCUUACAAGUGUCACUUAUUUCAGUAUCGUGGAGCCCGAAAAGGCCGUGUUUAACAUUGACAAUGUUGAUGGUGCACUUGCUGAGCGUACGAAGACUACUUUAAGACAAGUGGUAGGUACCAGAAACUUGCAGGAUGUUAUUGAGCGCCGUGAAGAAUUAGCUGAGGCAAUUCAAGAGGUUAUUUCUCAAACUGUGCAGAACUGGGGUGUCACUUGCCAUGACAUCCUAAUUAAGGAUUUGAACCUUCCAGUAACUGUAUCUCACGCGCUUUCGAUGGCUGCUGAAGCCAAGAGAAUUGGUGAGAGUAAAAUUAUUACUGCCAAGGCCGAGGUUGAGAGUGCUAAACUGAUGCGAAAAGCUGCUGACAUUUUAGCUUCUAAGCCAGCUAUGCAAAUCAGAUACUUAGAUGCAAUGCAGCAGAUGGCUAAGUCCGCCAACUCUAAGGUUAUCUUUAUGCCAGGUAGUGGUGAAAUAGAGAGACAAGCGGGUGAUAAAGUGCUAGAGGAAGCCGGUCAGGGAUCGAGUCUUUCUAAUCGAGUUACGGACUUUGUUGGCCUGCAGGAGAGUACCAACUAA